AUGAAAACCAGCGACGCCCAUCCCUGCCACUGCGUUCUAGCGACUCCGUCCGCAUUGGCCGCCAACCACUUGCUGUUCCGUGCUCUCCAAUCCCCCUUUCUUCUCCGCGCUCUCUGCCGCAUUUUCCCAACGCAAUCCGUCGACUUCUGCUCUGCGCUCAUCGUCGCGUUCUGCUUGUCUCGUCGCCGCGCUGCGUACCCGUCGUCCUCCCUGCUUUCAGCGUCGCCGCGGGCUGCCGCGCUUAGGAUCCCCGCUCUCCUGCUGCGGGUAAAACGUUUCUGGGCCUCCUCUCUUCCCUGUCCUCUCUCCCCUCCCUGCCCUCUCUUCCCUGUCCUCUCUCCCCUCCCUGCCCUCUCUUCCCUGUCCUCUCUCCCCUCCCUGUCCUCUCUUCCCUGUCCUCUCUCCCCUCCCUGUCCUCUCUUCCCUCUCUGUCCUCUCUUCCCUCCAUGUCCUCUCUUCCCUCCCUAUUCUCUCUUCCCUCUCUGCCCUCUCAUCCCUCCCUUAUUUCUCUUUCCUCCCUAA